AUGAAAUCAGUGGAGGACCAAGUUGUGGAAGAUGAGGCAGGGUAUCAGGAUGACGAGGAAUCUUUCUUCCAAGAUAUUGAACUCCUUCAGAAAUAUGGCAUUAAUAUGGCAGAUAUCAAAAAAUUGAAAUCAGUGGGAAUUUGUACGAUAAAAGGGAUCCAGAUGACCACACGCCGUGCCCUCAGCAAUGUUAAGGGUUUAUCUGAAGCCAAAGUGGAGAAAAUCAAGGAAGCUGCUGGGAAGUUGCUGAUGACUGGAUUUCAGACAGCUUCAGAAUACAGUAUGAAAAGGAAACAAGUGUUCCACGUCACAACAGGCAGUUUGGAGUUUGAUAAACUUCUUGGAGGAGGAGUAGAGAGUAUGGCAAUCACUGAGGCUUUUGGAGAGUUCAGAACCGGAAAGACACAACUCUCUCACACACUGUGUGUUACAGCUCAGUUGCCUGGUGAGAAUGGAUAUACUGGAGGGAAGGUCAUCUUCAUUGAUUCGGAAAAUACCUUUCGCCCAGACAGGCUAAAGGACAUUGCAAACAGGUUCAGUGUGGAUCAUGAAGCAGUCCUUGAUAAUGUGCUGUAUGCCCGUGCCUAUACCAGUGAACAUCAGAUGGAGCUAUUAGACUUUGUAGCAGCCAAAUUUCAUGAGGAGGGAGGUAUCUUCAAGCUCUUGAUCGUAGACUCCAUCAUGGCUCUGUUCCGAGUGGAUUUCUCAGGAAGAGGAGAACUUGCAGAGAGACAGCAGAAGCUGGCACAGAUGCUUUCCAGGCUGCAAAAGAUUUCAGAAGAGUACAAUGUUGCAGUGUUUGUCACGAAUCAGAUGACAGCAGAUCCAGGAGCUGGGAUGACAUUUCAAGCAGAUCCCAAAAAGCCCAUUGGAGGCCACAUACUGGCGCAUGCCUCCACCACACGCAUAAGUUUGAGGAAAGGACGUGGCGAAAUGAGAAUUGCCAAAAUAUUUGAUAGCCCUGACAUGCCAGAAAAUGAAGCUACCUUUGCCAUUACUGCUGGAGGAGUGGCAGAUGCAAAAGAGUAA